GGACCGUCGUCGCAGCAGGCAGUUUCAGUCCGGCUGCCCGGAGACGAGACAUGGGCCCGGGGGCCGGCGGCAAGCUGCCGCAGAGCGGCAGCCACGCGGUGAGCUUCCUCCUCGGCGCGGCGCUGCCCACCGCCCUCCUCUUCCUCCUCGCGUCCGACCGCCUCGGCGAGGGGCUGUCCACCAUCUCGGCGAGCUGGCGGGGGAACGGGACGACGACGACCGUGCUGCCCCAGAUUGCCCCGGCUAAUAAUAAGCCGCCGGCGGCCGGCACUCUCGCCGCCGACGACGACCGUGCCGCCCCUACGCAAGAUCACGAGGUGGAAUUCGCGGGCCUCGCUAAGCUGCUCCGGAAAGUGGCCAUGGAGGACAGGACAGUGAUAAUGACGUCGGUGAACGAAGUUUGGACGCGGCCCAACUCCCUGCUCGACAUCUUCCUCGGCGGCUUCAGGAACGGCGAGGACACGGCGCACCUCGUCGACCACGUCCUCAUCGUCACCGUCGACGCCAGCUCGUACCGCGGCUGCAAGGCCGUGCACCCUCACUGCUACCUGCUGGAGGUGAAGUCCAUGGACAUGAACAGGGCCAGGACGUUCGGGACCAGAGAAUACGUCGAGAUGAUCUGGCUCAAGCUCUCCAUCCAGCAGCGCGUCCUCGAGCUCGGCUACAACUUCCUCUUCACGGACGCCGACAUCCUAUGGCUUCGCAAUCCGUUCCAGCACAUCUCCGUCUACGCCGACAUGAGCUGCUCGCUGGACAACUCCAAGAUGGCGCCUGCUCUCCUGGAUUGCGAGAACAACGUGGGGUUCUACUACAUGAAGUCGACGAACCGGAGCGUCGCGAUGAUCAAGUACUGGCGGGCGGCGAGGGCGAGGUUCGACGGCGACCCGAUCGAGCAGGUGGUGUUCAACACGAUCAAGCACGAGCUCAUCAGCGAGCUCGGGGCCAGGAUCCAGCCGCUGGAGACGGAGUACAUCAGCGGCUUCUGCGACUUCCAGGAUCGGCUGGACAAGGUCUGCACCGUGCACGCCAACUGCUGCAUGGGGUUGGAGAACAAGGUGAGUGACCUCAAGAACGUCGCCGCGGAUUGGAAGAAUUACACCAGCCUGCCGCCGGAGGAGAGGAAGAAGGUGGAUAUCAAGGUGACGGCCCCGAGCAAUUGCCGGAAAUCCAUGGGAUGGACGUAAGCUAGCUCUGAGGGAGACUCACCAGAGAGUGUGAGCUUCAGGUUGGCAGUUCGACCGAUCGCUGUGCCCACUCCUUUUUGUUUUUUGAGUGCCCAUUUGUAAUAUGAGCUCGAGCUCUGAAUAAACAGGAGCAUGUCAGGUAGUAAUCUGGAAAGGAUAUUGCAGCUUGUUACUCCUCCAUGAAGAUGCCGGAGAAUGGUAUGUCGCUGAAAAGGUUAUCGACAGCUUGUUACUACUCUUCUAUGAAUGCCGGAAAAUUGUGCGAGGGCGACAGUAGUCUUUUCAGAGACCUGUUGCAAAGCAACAGGAUGGGUCGCGAAGCGCUUGCCAAGCACUUCUCU